AUGGCUUAUCAGAUGCACCCGAGACGCGUUUGCCUACCUCAGGAUUGCAAAGGUGAUUUCCCAUUUCUGGUACCUUCUACCCCCUGUAGCUCAGAGCAAACUGGAGCUGAUCGUGAGUUACUCAAGUUUAUAAACCCUGCUCGCCCACCCCCAGUGGAGUCCAUUGAUGAAUGCUGUGGCCAUCUGUUUCAGACCCAGAGCUUACGUCUUUCAGACCUGCACAGAAAAUCUCAGCUAUGGAGAGGGAUUGUUAGUGUUACCUUAAUAGAAGGUCGUGAACUUAAGGCAAUGGAUGCGAAUGGACUAAGUGAUCCUUACGUGAAGUUCCGGUUGGGUCAUCAGAAGUACAAGAGCAAGAUUGUGCCAAAAACUUUGAAUCCUCAGUGGAGGGAGCAGUUUGACUUUCAUCUCUAUGAAGAACGAGGUGGAAUUAUUGAUAUUACCGUGUGGGACAAAGAUGCUGGCAAAAAGGAUGAUUUUAUUGGCAGGUGCCAGGUUGACCUGUCGACCCUGAGCAAAGAGCAAACCCACAAGUUGGAGAUGCCGCUGGAGGAGGGAGAGGGAUGCCUGGUGCUGCUGGUCACUCUCACAGCCUCGGCUGCAGUCACUAUCUCUGACCUCUCCGUCAACUCUCUGGAGGACCAGAAGGAGCGAGAGGAGAUACUGAAGAGAUAUAGUCCAAUGAUGAUGUUCCAUAACAUAAAGGAUGUGGGAUUUCUUCAGGUGAAGGUCAUCAGGGCAGAAGCAUUGAUGGCAGCUGAUGUCACAGGUAAAAGUGACCCAUUUUGUGUAGUUGAAUUGAACAAUGACCGACUGCUGACACAUACUGUCUACAAGAACCUCAAUCCAGAAUGGAACAAAAUCUUCACAUUCAAUAUUAAAGACAUCCACUCGGUGCUUGAAGUGACAGUUUAUGAUGAAGACCGCGAUCGGAGUGCUGACUUUCUAGGCAAAGUUGCCAUACCGUUGCUGUCUAUUCAAAAUGGUGAACAGAAAGCCUACGUCUUGAAAAACAAGCAGCUGACAGGGCCAACAAAGGGGGUCAUCUAUCUUGAAAUAGAUGUGAUUUUUAAUGCUGUGAAAGCCAGCAUACGAACCUUAAUGCCCAAAGAACAGAAGUACAUUGAAGAGGAAGACAGACUGUCUAAACAGCUACUGUUAAGAAACUUUAUACGGAUGAAGCGUUGUAUCAUAGUGCUCAUAAAUGCCGCCUACUACAUCAGCAGUUGCUUUGACUGGGAUUCUCCCCCAAGAAGUCUCGCUGCUUUUUUGCUUUUUCUUUUUGUGGUCUGGAACUUUGAGCUCUACAUGAUACCACUGGCUUUGUUGUUGCUGCUGGCAUGGAACUACUUCUUGAUCGUAGCAGGAAAAGAUAACAGGCAACAUGAUACGGUAGUGGAGGACAUGCUAGAGGACGAGGAAGAAGAGGAUGACAGAGAUGACAAGGACAGUGAAAAAAAAGGAUUUAUGACUAGACUUUAUGCCAUCCAGGAGGUCUGUGUCAGUGUCCAGAAUAUCCUUGAUGAAGUGGCUUCCUUCGGAGAAAGGAUCAAGAAUACAUUCAACUGGACUGUCCCAUUCCUGAGCUGGCUGGCGAUUGUUGCCCUCUCUGUGUUCACCAUCAUCCUGUAUUUCAUUCCACUGAGGUACAUUGUCCUUCUCUGGGGCAUUAAUAAAUUUACAAAGAAGCUUCGAAGUCCAUAUGCAAUUGAUAACAAUGAGCUACUUGACUUUCUAUCCAGAGUUCCUUCAGAUGUGCAAGUGGUGCAAUACCAUGAACUGAAACAAGAUCCCAGUCACAGCCCAAGCAAGAGGAAGAAAAACAAUCCUGGCUAA